AUGUCAGCUGCUAACAACAGUCAAGGAGAAAUAGCUCCCCCAUUAAUUACAUCAGAUCAGACAGAUGGUAGUUUAAGAGAAGCUGACGUUAAAUCACUUCGAGGCGCACUAAGUCAAGCUGAAGCAAGUCGACAAAGAAGUAAACGAUUAAAACAGUUAGUUGAAGAACGUCGGAUAACUUUAGCCCACGCUAUGCAAUUUGAAGUUCAACAGAUCACGGAUACUUUAUUAAUGGAUGAUAAAUGGUCCGAAUUCGAUGAAUUCUUUCAAGCUAAAGGAAGUAAACGUUUAUUAUUUUAUUAUCAAGAGGCUGCUGGACAAACAAGGAAAAGAAUAUUCAUUGCUACUGGAACUCAUGAAGUACUACGUGGUACAUGUUUCAUCUUUCUACGAAUUACUGACAAAGCUAUUACAACAGCAAAUAUUGGUACAGAAGUUUUAUUUCAACAAUUAGAUGCAACUGAUGGACGUUUAUUUGAAUCUGUACAGAAUUAUUUAGAAAGACUUGCAUUACCAGUAUUUGAAGGAUUAGGUGAAUCAGAUACACUUGAAAAACCACUUUCAGAAACAAUAAAUAUGGAAGAAUUCGUUUCAGUACUGAGAAGAUAUUUAGAUGCGCUGUCAAGUGCUAAACAGAAUAUGAGUGAUAAACUGGAUCUGACUUCUGGACAAGAGUCACAAACACUCAUACAAAUAAUCAAUUCAAAUGAAAUUGAAAAUAUCAUUGACAGUUCUGAAACAAUGGAUCGUUUAACUCGAUUAGUCGAGAAAUGGGUCGAUCAAAUUGGACAAAUAUUGAACCAAUCUGAUCAAGUUCGUAGAGAAUCAGAUGAUGUUGGACCUGCAGCUGAAUUAACCUAUUGGAGAGCUCGUUUAGUUCGUUUCAAUAACUUACUAGAUGAAAUGCGUAAACCAAGUAUUCAAGCAAUUAUUUCUGCUUUACAUUAUGCCAAAGCACGUGUAAUCAAACAUUGGCGUCAGUUGGAUGAUCGUAUUAUCAAUAGCCUUAAUGAAGCAAAAGAUAAUCUUAGAUAUUUGUUUACACUGGACAAUUUUUUCAGUUCAUUUUCCAAUACUAAUCCAUUGAAAAUACGUCAACAAUUACCAAUUCUACUGAAUGCUAUUCGUAUGAUUUAUAGUAUUUCUGAAUAUUAUAAUAAUUCAGAAAGAAUGACUUCAUUAUUUAUUAAAAUUACCAAUCAAAUGAUUGUUACAUGUAGAAAGUAUAUUACAGAUGGUGUUAGUAGUAUAUGGGAUUUACCACGACCUAUCCUACUUGACCGAAUUCAUGAAUGUAUUCGGUUGAAUAUUGAAUAUCAAGAGAAUUUUCGCAAGGUUCGACAGAGACUUCAAGAAAAUCCAUCUGGUAGACAGUUUGAUUUCAGUGAAAAUUAUAUAUUCGGUAAAUUUGAUGUGUACACAACACGUUUGAAGAAAAUUUUAAAAAUUCUUGACAAUAUCGACAAUUUCAAUGUAUUAUUGGAUUUUAAAGCCGAAGGUUUCGAUCCAAUUGUUACACGAUAUAAAACAUUUCAUGAUAAUUUACAUAAAAGAAAUUUCGAUGGAGCGGAUCAAAUUAAACGUGAUUUUGAUCGAGACUUGGAUGAGUAUCGAAGUCAAUUUGAAACAAUAGCACAACAGAUUCGUGAUUUUCUCGAUUCAUCAUUUACGCACUCUGCACCGGUUGAACGUCAAUUAAAAAUUUUAGAGAAAUUUGAACAAAUUAAAUGUUGUCAAUUAGAUUUACCAGCUAAAUAUGAAUUAGUUAUGAAGAAUUAUGCUAAUGAAUUAGAAAUGAUACGUCAUUUAUAUGAAAAACAAAAAUAUGAUCCACCAAUAGCUAGAAAUAUGACAUCAAUCGCUGGUAAAAUAUUUUGGGCACGUCAUUUAUAUAAACAAAUUGAUAUCCCAAUGGAACAAUUUAAAAAAAAAUGUCCAGAUAUAUUGUGGGGACUUAAAGGUCAAAAAUGUGUAAGAACAUUUAAUCGUAUCGCUGAAGCAUUAGUUCACUUUGAAUUUAUCUAUUAUAAUCAUUGGUGUCAAACAAUAGAAAAUAUACAUUCUAGUUUAUCAUCAUCUUUAAUUGUACGUGAUCCGAAUACAGAACGUUAUUAUGUGAAUUUCGAUUUAGCCAUACUGGAAUUAGUUCAUGAAGCUCGGUAUAUUUCCAGUUUAGGUUUGGAAAUACCAUCAGUAGCUAAUCGUUUAUUAAUUCAAGAAACUAUGCUGAAACAAAGAUAUAAUGCCCUACAAGAAUUAUUAAAUGAUAUUGAAGAAACUUGGGCAUCUGUUCCAAACAUACUUUUACCCCUAUUUCAACCAUUCCGUGAUAAAAUAUGUCAAGCUCUAAGUGUAGGUAUUUAUCUACUCAACUGGAAUUCUACCAGUAUAGAAGAAUUUAUGAAAAAAGUCUGUACUGAACUUGACAGUUUAAAACUUUUAAUAAAACGUACUAGUGAUAUAUUAAACUGUCGUAUUGAAGCGAUUUUUGGAGAAAUGGCUGAAACAAAUUUAUGCGAACUACCAGAUGACGACCAAGUUUCAUUAGAUCAAUUUGCUCAAAUCACUGAAACAAGUGUUGCAAAUGCAGCUGAAAAUUUAACCAUUAAAAGUAAUCUUGUAGAAAUGGCUGUGAAUGAAAUGCUGGAUUUAAUUAAAGCAGAUUUAGAUGAGAAUCAAUUAAGAAAUUUAAGUGCAGAAGAAGGCUAUGAAUGUAUAUCACAGGAAAAACGCAAAGGAAGAUGUCUUGAAUGCAAACCAUGUAUUUAUUUUACACUUUUAAAUCAAUUCACUCAACGUAAUACAGAUGCAUUAGUAAAAUGCACUCGAAAUACAUUAGAUGCAAUAAAACUACGAAUUCAACCAAUGACAAUGAAAUUUCAUCAAGAAUAUACAACUGAAAAAGCCGAUAAUAAAACACCAUUAUUUAGCGUUAAUCUUAUUUUAUCUUUACCAAAUGUUAUCAUGCAACCAUCAUUGGAUGAAUUACAAGCCGGACUACAAAAAUCGAUGUCAGUUAUAAUAAAAAUGGCAGAAAAUGUUCAACCAUGGCAACAUAUGACACUGGCACAGAACCAACUACAAAAAGAACUUGACCAGACAGCUGAAACACAAGGAGAAGAAAGUAAAGCAUCUUCUACACAAAUAAAACCAUUACAUCGUAUCAUUGCUGAACACAAAGAUAUAAUUAAAAUUUCAAUUCAAUUAAAUUCAAUAUUUAAUUCAUUCAAAGGCGAAAUUCAAAAAAUCAUCAAUGUAUUUAAUGAAUUCUCACAAUUAUGGACAACAGAUCCCCAAGGCAGUGUAUCUGAGUUCAUGAAGGCUAAUCCACUUUUAUCAGAAAUCGAUGAAAAACUCAGUUACUACAGUAAAAUGGAAAAAUUGAUUGAACUAAUUCCAUCAACCACUCAAAUUGGUUCAUUAAUUUUUAAAAGUGAUGAAUUGAAAGUGAAUUUAAUUAAAGAAUGUCAAAAUUGGCGUCGUGUCUAUGGUCAAGCAGUGAAUCAACGUUGUGCAACAGAUAUGAAUAAAAUUCUUGAACAAUUUGAUAAUCUUUCUAAACGUUUCAGUCGACCAGUCAAAGAUUUAGAUGAUGUCCGAGAACAAAUGGCUGCUUUGGCUGAAUUAAGAGCAUCAGAAAUUUAUUUCGAUAUGACUAUUGGACCGAUUGAAGAAUCAUAUGCUUUAUUGAAUCGUUUUGAAUUAUAUUUCAAUGAUGGUAAUGCAGAACGUGUAGAUGGAUUGUCGUAUGGUUUCACUAAGUUGAAAACACUUAGUCAAGAAGUACAAGAUCAUCUUUUAGAAAUUCAACCAACAUUUAAAAAUGAAUUAAUUGAUGGAGUGGAAGUAUACAAACAAGAUUUGAAUACUUUUGCCAAUGAAUAUGAUACAAUUGGACCAAUGGAACCUGGCAUUAUACCACGUGAAGCGUCGGAACGUUUAAGUUUGUUUCAAGCACGUUUCGAUGAGUUAUGGAGUAAAUAUCAAACUUAUUCAGGCGGUGAAGAAUUAUUUGGUAUGCCGACAACAGAUUAUCCUGAUUUACAAAGAAUACGUAAAGAAUUGAAUUUACUACAGAAAUUAUAUCAAUUAUAUGAUUCUGUAUUGGAUACGGUCAAUGGUUAUUAUGAUAUACCAUGGACUGAAGUCGAUAUUGAUUUAAUCAAUCAACAAUUGUUAGAAUUUCAAAAUAGAUGUCGAAAACUACCGAAAGCACUUAAAGAAUGGCAAGCCUAUGCAGAGCUUAGUAAAACAAUCGAUGAUUUCAAUGAAUCAUGUCCAUUACUUGAAUUGAUGGCGAAUAAAGCUAUGGCUCCUAGACACUGGGAAAGAUUAGAGGAAUUAACAAAGCAUAAAUUUGCUGUGGAGUCAGAUAAUUUUCUGUUGCGUAAUAUUAUGGAGGCACCAUUAUUAAAAUAUAAGGAAGAUAUUGAAGAUAUCUGCAUUUCAGCUGUUAAAGAAAAAGACAUUGAAGCUAAACUUAAAACUGUUAUGAAUGAUUGGUCAGUUCAAUCUUUUCAAUUUGCCCAAUUCAAAACACGUGGUGAAUUAUUACUCAAAGGUGAUACAAUUAAUGAAGUUGUUGCUCUAAUGGAAGAUUCAUUAAUGCUAUUAGGAUCACUACUAUCAAAUCGAUAUAAUGCACCAUUUAAACCGAAAAUACAAGAAUGGGUACAAAAGUUGACUACAACUAGUGAGAUUAUUGAAAGUUUGUUACAAGUGCAAAAUUUAUGGGUUUAUUUAGAAGCUGUAUUUGUUGGUGGUGAUAUUGCUAAACAAUUACCUCAAGAAGCUAAACGUUUUGGCAAUAUUGACAAAAGUUGGCAACGUAUUAUGCUAAAAGCACAUGAAGUACCAAAUGUUGUGAAUUGUUGUACUGGUGAUGAGACAUUGAGUCAAUUAUUGCCACAUUUAUUAGAACAAUUGGAAAUAUGUCAAAAAUCAUUAACUGGUUAUUUAGAGAAAAAACGUCUAGUAUUCCCCAGAUUCUUUUUUGUUUCAGAUCCAGCUUUAUUAGAAAUACUUGGUCAAGCAUCGGAUUCACAUACAAUUCAAGCACAUUUAUUAAGUAUCUUUGAUAAUACUAAAACUGUUACAUUUGAUGAUAAAGUUUAUGAUAAAAUGAUAGCUAUCAAUUCACAAGAAGGCGAAUCUAUACCAUUAGUUAAUCCAGUAAUGGCACAAGGUAAUGUUGAAGUAUGGCUUGGUGAAUUAUUGCAAACUUCCAGAAAUUCACUUCAUUCAAUUAUUAGAGCAGCAUAUUCUGCAAUCAAUGAACAACAAUUUAAUUUAUUGGAAUUUGAACAUUCUAAUCCAGCACAAGUCGGUCUACUCGGUAUACAAAUGUUAUGGACAAGAGAUGCACAAGAAGCAUUAAAACAAGCUAAAGAAGAUCGAAAAAUUAUGAAUACAACAAAUCAAUUGUUUUUAGUAAUGUUAAAUGAAUUAAUUGGUGUUACAACACAAGAAUUAUCUAAAAUUGAUCGUACCAAAUUUGAAACAUUAAUUACAAUACAUGUACAUCAAAGAGACAUUUUCAAUGAUCUUGUUACAAUGCGUAUCAAAUCCCCUAAAGAUUUUGAAUGGUUGAAACAAUCAAGAUUUUAUUUUAAUGAUGAAAAUGAUCAAUGCAUCGUUAGCAUUACCGAUGUAAACUUUAUUUAUCAAAAUGAAUUUCUCGGUUGUACAGAUCGAUUGGUUAUAACUCCGUUAACCGAUAGAUGUUACAUUACUUUAUCUCAAGCACUUGGUAUGUCACUUGGCGGUGCACCAGCUGGACCGGCCGGUACUGGGAAAACCGAGACAACUAAAGAUAUGGGUCGUUGUCUUGGUAAAUACGUUGUCGUAUUCAAUUGUUCCGAUCAAAUGGAUUAUCGUGGUUUAGGCAGAAUUUACAAAGGCUUAGCACAAUCUGGAGCAUGGGGUUGUUUCGACGAGUUCAAUCGUAUUGAAUUACCUGUUCUUUCUGUAGCUGCACAACAAAUUGCUAUUGUGUUGACGUGUAAAAAGGAAAAAAAACCACAAUUUAUAUUUACUGACGGUGAUACAGUUGAUAUGGAUCCAGAAUUUGGAAUAUUUUUAACUAUGAAUCCUGGUUAUGCUGGUCGUCAAGAACUACCGGAAAAUUUGAAAAUCAACUUCCGUACAGUCGCUAUGAUGGUACCAGAUCGAGCAAUUAUUAUGCGUGUGAAAUUAGCUGCUUGUGGAUUUUUAAAUAAUGUAGACUUAUCAAAGAAAUUCUACACACUUUAUAAGUUAUGCGAAGAACAAUUAUCAAAACAAGUUCAUUAUGAUUUUGGUUUAAGAAAUAUUUUAUCAGUUCUUCGUACACUUGGUGCAUUUAAACGUGCUAAUCCACAAGAUUCCGAAACAAUGAUUGUUAUGCGUGUAUUACGUGAUAUGAAUUUAAGUAAAUUAGUUGAUGAAGAUGAACCAUUAUUUAUGUCAUUAAUUAUGGAUUUAUUCCCUGGAUUGCAAUUGGAUAAAAAAGGUUAUCCUGAUGUGGAAGCUUCAUUACAGAAACAAAUUGAUCAACUUGGUCUUGUUUAUCAUCCACCAUGGGUAUUAAAAUGUAUUCAACUGUAUGAAACAUUACGAGUUAGACAUGGUGUAAUGACACUUGGUCCUUCAGGUGCUGGUAAAACUAAAUGUAUCAAUUCUCUAAUGAAAACAAUGACUGACAUUGGUAAUCCACACAGAGAGAUGCGUAUGAAUCCAAAAGCUAUUACUGCACCACAAAUGUUCGGUAGAUUAGAUGUAGCUACAAAUGACUGGACCGAUGGUAUUUUUUCCACUCUAUGGAGACGUACACAUAAAGUUAAAAAAGGUGAACAUAUUUGGCUAAUAUUAGAUGGACCAGUUGAUGCUAUUUGGAUUGAAAAUUUAAACUCUGUACUAGAUGAUAAUAAAACACUGACAUUGGCCAAUGGUGAUCGAAUACCAAUGGCACCGACAGCGAAAAUUCUCUUUGAAGUACAUAAUAUCGAUAAUGCAUCACCAGCUACAGUAUCAAGAAAUGGAAUGAUUUUUAUGUCAAGUUCCAUCAUGACAUGGGAACCUAUUCUAACAGGAUGGCUAAGAACUCGUUCACCAACUGUAACAGAGCCAAUAUUUAACACAUUCAAAGGAUUUUUCGAAGAUGCUUAUCGUUAUGUAACACAGAAUUUAGAACCAAAAAUGGAGAUUUUACAAUGUAAUUAUAUUCGGCAAGCAAUUGUUCUACUUGAAGGUCUACUUCAAGGAUUAGAAGAGAAAGACAUUAAAAAAAUCCAUAUGGAUCGAUUAAUUGCAUUUUCAGCAAUGUGGUCGUUGGGCGCUCUUUUGGAAUUAAGUGAUCGUUUAAAAUUACAACAAUUUCUAAUACAAAAUGGAAAGUUACCAUUGCCAGUAUGUGGUGCAGAGGAUACAAUAUUUGAAUAUAUGGUUGAUGAUCAAGGUGAAUGGGCCCAUUGGGAGACUAAAGUACCACACUACGUCUAUCCACAUGAUCAAACACCGGAAUAUACUGGAAUUCUAGUUCCAAAUGUUGAUAAUACAAGAACAGAUUUCUUACUUGACUUAAUAGCAAAACAAUAUAAACCAGUGAUGCUGAUAGGUGAACAGGGUACAGCAAAAACGGUUAUUAUCAAAGGUUAUUGUGGUAAAUACAAUCCAGAAGAGCAUACAUUUAAAUCGGUCAACUUUUCAAGUGCCACUACACCGAAUAUGUUUCAACGUACUGUGGAAAGUUAUGUUGAUAAACGUAUGGGUAGUACAUUUGGACCACCAGCUGGAAAGAAAAUGACAAUAUUCAUUGAUGAUAUUAAUAUGCCAGUUAUUAAUGAAUGGGGUGAUCAGAUAACUAAUGAAAUUACUAGACAAUUGAUAGAAAUGUCUGGUUUUUAUAAUUUAGACAAACCUGGUGAUUUUACAACAAUAAUUGAUAUUCAGUUUGUCGCUGCUAUGAUCCAUCCUGGUGGAGGUCGUAAUGAUAUCCCGCAACGACUUAAACGUCAAUUUUGUAUAUUCAAUUGUACACUGCCUAGUAAUGCUUCAAUGGAUAAAGUUUUUGGUGCAUUAGGAUUAGGACAUUUUUGUGCUGAACGUGGUUUUUCAGCAGAUGUUAUUAAAACAAUUCAAUGUUUAGUACCAGCGACUCGGAAACUAUGGCAACGUGUCAAGAUAAAAAUGUUACCGACUCCAGCGAAAUUUCAUUAUGUAUUUAAUUUACGUGAUGUUAGCCGUAUAUGGCAAGGCAUGUUGUGUACAAUAUCAGAUGUGAUUACAAAUCCAUCUGUUGCAUUAGCUUUAUGGCAACAUGAAUGUACUCGAGUCAUUGCUGAUCGUUUCACUGAAUUUAGUGAUCGUGAAUGGUUUGAUAGAAUUUUGAAACAAAUUGGAGCUGAAGAAUGUGGUGCUUUAGCAAAUCAAACUGAUUGGUCAGAUCCUUAUUUUGUGGACUUCUUAAGAGAUGCAGCGGAACCAACUGGUGAAGAGGCUGACGAUGCAGAUUUCGAAGCACCGAAAAUCUAUGAACCAAUCAUAAGUUUUGAACAGUUGAGCGAUCGUUUAAAAAUGUUAAUGCAAAUGUAUAAUGAAGCAAUACGUGGCGGUAAAUUAGAUUUAGUAUUUUUCAAAGAUGCUAUGACACAUCUUGUCAAAAUUUCACGUGUAAUACGAACACCUAAAGGUCAUGCGUUGUUAGUUGGAGUUGGUGGUUCAGGCAAACAAUCACUAACACGUUUAGCUUCAUUCAUAGCCGGUUAUCGAACAUUCCAGAUAACAUUAACCAGAACAUAUAAUGUUUCUAAUCUUAUUGAAGAUUUGAAAUUUCUUUAUCGAACAGCCGGUCAUCAAGGUCAAGGAAUAACAUUCUUAUUUACAGAUAAUGAAAUUAAAGAUGAAUCAUUCUUAGAAUAUUUAAAUAAUAUGCUUAGUUCCGGUGAAAUUGCUAAUUUAUUUGCUCGAGAUGAAAUGGAUGAAAUGCUACAAGAAUUAGUUGGCCCAAUGAAACGUGAAUUUCCACGUCGACCUAUUAGCAAUGAAACAUUAGCUGAAUAUUAUUUAAGCAGAGUAAUACAAAAUUUACACAUUGUAUUAUGCUUUUCACCAGUUGGACAAAAGUUUCGUAAUCGAAGUUUGAAAUUUCCCGGUCUUAUUUCCGGUUGUACAAUGGAUUGGUUUCAAAGAUGGCCCAAAGAUGCACUGAUUGCUGUUUCAAAUCAUUUCUUGUCUAAUUUUGAUAUAGUUUGUACACCGAGUGUGAAACAAGCUGUAGUACAAACAAUGGGUGUGUUUCAAGAUUUGGUAGCUGAAUCAUGUAGCGAUUAUUUUCAACGUUUUCGUCGUCAAACCCAUGUUACACCAAAAUCAUACUUAUCAUUUAUUAGUGGUUACAUGGAAAUUUAUAAAUCAAAACGUGGUGAAAUCGGUCAACUAGCUGAACGUAUGAAUACUGGUUUAAAGAAAUUAGUUGAAGCAACUGAAUCAGUCAAUGAAUUAAGUAAAGAAUUAGUUGAAAAAGAAAAAGAAUUAGCUGUGGCUAAUAAAAAAUCUGAAGAAGUUCUUGCACAAGUCACUAUUCAAGCUACUGCAGCACAAAAAGUUAAAGCACAAGUACAAGUGGUGAAAGACAAAGCACAAGUACUGGUUGAUGCGAUUAGUGUAGAUAAAGCAUCAGCUGAAAUGAAAUUAGAAGCAGCGAAACCGGCUUUAUUAGAAGCUGAAGCUGCGCUAGAAACAAUUAAACCAAUACAUAUUUCUACAGUGAGAAAACUUGGUAGACCACCGCAUUUGAUUAUGCGCAUUAUGGAUUGUGUGUUAUUAUUAUUUCAAAAGAAAUUGGAUCCUGUUACACCUGAUGCUGAACGUCCAUGUCCUAAGCCCAGUUGGAAUGAAGCAUUGAAACUUAUGGGUAAUGUAAACUUUUUAAAUGGAUUAUUGAAUUUUCCAAAGGAUACAAUCAAUGAAGAAACAGUGGAAUUAAUGUUGCCCUAUUUUGAAAUGGAUGAUUUCAAUUUGGAACAAGCUAAACGUGUUUGUGGUGAUGUGGCUGGUUUAUGCUCAUGGACUAAAGCUAUGGCUUCAUUUUAUGGUGUUAAUAAAGAAGUUCUACCGCUUAAGUCAAUGUUAGCAUUACAAGAAAAGAGAUUAGAAGGAGCUUUAGCUGAAUUGGCCGUUGCACAAGGUCAACUAGAUCAGAAGCAAAAAGAAUUAGAUCUGGUUCAAGCUGAGUAUGAUCGUGCAAUGGCCGAUAAACAGAAACUCUUGGAUGAAGCUGAAGGAUGUAGAAGAAAAAUGUCCAAUGCUACGGCAUUAAUCGAAGGUCUUGCAGGUGAACGAAUUCGAUGGACAGAAGCAAGUCAAACAUUUCAAGAACAAAUUAAUCGUCUAGUCGGUGAUGUACUUUUAGCAACUGGAUUUCUUUCAUAUACAGGACCAUUUAAUCAAGAUUUUCGUAAUUUACUAAAUCAAAAUUGGCGUCGUGAAUUAGUACAGAAUAAGAUACCAUUUUCGGAUGACAUUAAUUAUAUCACCAUGUUGGUGGAUAAUGCAACAUUGAGUGAAUGGAGUGUUCAAGGUCUACCGAAUGAUGAAUUAUCAGUUCAAAAUGGAUUAAUUGUAACACGUGCUAAACGUUAUCCAUUGUUGAUUGAUCCACAAGGUCAAGGUAAAACAUGGUUGAAACGUAAAGAAGCGGAAAAUGAAUUACAGAUUACAUCAUUGAAUCAUAAAUAUUUUCGAACACAUUUGGAAGAUGCACUAUCACUUGGUCGACCAUUACUCAUAGAAGAUGUCGGUGAAGAUCUGGAUCCUGCUUUAGAUAAUGUUUUAGAAAAGAAUUUCAUUAAAUCCGGUUCAACAUUUAAAGUGAAAAUCGGUGAUAAAGAAUGCGAUAUAAUGGAUGGAUUUCGUUUAUAUGUUACAACAAAACUACCAAAUCCAUCAUACACACCGGAGAUUUAUGCAAAAACUUCCAUUAUCGAUUUCACGGUUACAAUGCGUGGUCUUGAAGAUCAACUUCUUGGUUUAGUUAUAUUAACAGAGAAGAAAGAAUUAGAAACGGAACGAACUAAACUUCUAGAAGAUGUGGCAACGAAUCGUCGUAAAAUGAAAGAAUUAGAAGAUAAUCUAUUAUAUCGUUUAACAACCACCGAAGGUAGUUUAGUGGAAGAUGAAUCGUUAAUUGAAAUGUUGAAUGUAACUAAAAUGACAUCGAAUGAAGUAAGAGAAAAGUUGAAUGUUGCUGUUGAUACUGAAGUGAAAAUUAAUGCAGCACGUGAAGAAUAUCGUCCGGUAGCAACACGUGGUUCAUUGUUAUACUUUUUAAUUGUUGAAAUGAGUAUGGUCAAUGUAAUGUACCAGACAUCGUUACGUCAAUUUCUUGGUUUAUUCGAUUUAUCCAUGGCUAGAUCACAGAAAUCACCACAAACACAAAAACGUAUAGCAAAUAUCAUUGAAUAUAUGACGUUUGAAGUGUACCGUUAUACAGCUAGAGGAUUUUAUGAAGUGGACAAGUUUACAUUCACUGUAUUGUUAACGUUGAAAAUUGCAAUGAAUAUGAAAGAGGUGAAACCGGAAGAAUUUCAAAUUUUCAUUAAAGGUGGUGCUGCAUUAGACUUGAAUGCUGUUGCACCAAAACCUAGAAAAUGGAUACAAGAUAUGACAUGGUUAAAUUUAAUCGAAUUAAGUAAAUUAAGUCAAUUCAGUCAAUUACCAGAUCAAGUAGCUUCAAGUGAUAGAGCAUGGAAAAGUUGGUUUGAUACAGAUGCUCCAGAAGAUGCUGUAAUUCCGGAUGGUUAUGAUAAAUUAGAUACACUUCAUCGUUUAUUAUUAAUAAGAGCAUGGAGUCCUGACAGGUGUAUUCCAAUGGCUAAACGAUAUAUCGCUGAACGUAUGGGUGUAGCGUAUGCAGAUGGUAUUAUUACAAAUUUAGAAGAAAUGAUUGAAGAGUCGGAUACAGCUACUCCAAUGAUUUGUUUCUUAUCAAUGGGAUCAGAUCCAACUGAUAAUAUUGAAAGAUUAGCAAAGAAGAUGAGUUUGAAAUGUGGUGCAAUCUCCAUGGGACAAGGUCAGGAAGUUCACGCUCGACGUUUAUUAAGCAUUAGUAUGCAAGAAGGUAGAUGGGUGUUAUUACAAAAUUGUCAUCUAGGCUUAACAUUUAUGGAUGAAUUUACUGAAAUUAUGACAACUUCUAAAAAUGUACACGAAUCAUUCCGUUGUUGGGUAACAACAGAACCUCAUCCACAAUUUCCAAUAAAUCUAUUACAAUCCAGUAUUAAAUUCACAUAUGAUCCACCUAUGGGUAUACGUGCUGGUCUACGCAGAACAUAUGCUUUAUUAACACAAGAUCAAUUAGAGAUUAGUAAUUUACCACAAUGGAAACCUCUAUUAUAUUGUGUAGCGUUUUUGCAUACUACAGUACAAGAACGUAGAAAAUUUGGACCAAUCGGUUGGAAUAUACCAUAUGAAUUUAAUCAGUCUGACUUUACAUCAACAGUUCAAUUUAUUCAAAAUCAUUUAGACGAAAUCGAUCCUAAAAAAGGAAUUUCAUGGCCUACUGUCCGCUAUAUGAUUGGUGAAGUCCAAUAUGGUGGUCGAGUUACGGAUGAUUAUGAUAAGCGUUUGCUGAAUACUUAUGCCAAAGUUUGGUUUGCAGAAAUUGUAUUCAGUGAUACUUUUGAAUUUUAUCGAGGUUACAAUAUACCCAAAUGUAAAACACUUGAUGAAUAUCAGACUAACAUUGACAAUUUACCAUUGGUUGAUUCACCUGAAUGUUUUGGUUUACACUCGAAUGCAGAUAUUACCUAUUCCACAAAUACAGUUAAUGCAAUGUUAUCGACUAUUGUUAACAUUCAACCAAAAGAUAGCGGUGGAGGUGGAGGGGAAACAAGAGAAUCUGUUGUUUAUAAAAUGGCUGAAGAUAUUCUAGGAAAAUUACCACCCGACUAUAAUCCAUUCGAAGUAAAAGAACGAUUAAUUAAAAUGGAUCAUUUAAAACCACUUCAUAUAUUUUUAAGACAAGAAGUUGAUCGUAUGCAACGUGUUAUAAGCAGUGUUCGUACAACAUUAACUGAUUUGCAGUUAGCUAUUGAUGGUACAAUUAUAAUGUCAGAAAAUUUACGUGAUGCAUUAGAUAACAUAUUUGAUGCACGUAUUCCAAGUACAUGGAGAAGAAUGUCAUGGGAAUCAGCUACCCUUGGAUUUUGGUUCACAGAUUUACUUGACAGGAAUACUCAAUUUAGUAACUGGCUUUUUGAAGGUCGUCCGGUUUGCUACUGGAUGACAGGAUUUUUUAAUCCUCAAGGUUUCCUCACUGCCAUGAGACAAGAAGUAGCCAGAGCAAAUAAAUAUGCCUUAGAUGAUGUAGCUCUAACGAAUGACGUCACAAAAUCAAUGCGUGAAGAAUUAACUAAAGGUCCAAAUGAAGGCGUUUACAUUUAUGGUCUUAGUUUAGAUGGAGCUGGUUGGGAUCGUAAACUGGCUAGACUAAUGGAACCGCCACCAAAACUAUUGUAUACUCCACUUCCAGUGGUACAUGUAUCUGCAUUUUCCCAAUCGAUCGGUGAGAAAAAUAAACCUGGAAUAUUCUAUUCAUGUCCAGUUUAUAAAAAGCCUAAACGUACCGAUUUGAAUUACAUAUUCCCUUUGAUGCUGCGUAGCGCAGUUGAUGCAGAUCAUUGGAUUUUAAGAGGAGUUGCUUUAUUAUGUGAUGUUAAAUAGAUAAUUAAUAAUUUCUAUUUCUACUUAUUUGAAUAACGCAUACAACAAAAAUACAUAGGUUACCAAAAAACAAAUAUAAUCAAUCAUCUUAUACAUAAAUGAUACGCAUUAACUUCUGUUCUUUUUAUGUAACAUUUUAUUCUGACAAAUUGUAAUAAACAAU